AUGGCUGCUACGUCUUCGUUGCAGGCAGACGGCGGCAAAGGCAAGAGCAGUGAGGCCAGUUCGAAAUGGCUGAACGCAGUUUCCGAUCCCAUGACGAACAUCCACACCUUUCCCGCCUGCAUGGCGCUGGCCGAUUUGCACGGGGACGGGGAGUACGAGCUGGUCGUGGGAGACCUUGGCCCAGAUGGGCGGCAGCCCCGCCUGAAGGUGCUUAAAGGAACAGUGCUGAGGGAAAGCCCGCUACCUGCCCUGCCAGCUGCUGCUGUCACGUUCCUCAUGGAGUCACAUGAUCCCCAGACACCAGCAGUGGCAAUCGCAUCAGGCCCUUGUGUGUAUAUGUAUAAGAAUCUCAAGCCCUACUUCAAGUUCAGCCUGCCCCCAUUGCCUGUAAACCCCCUGGAACAAGACCUUUGGAAUCAGGCCAAAGAGGACCGGAUUGACCCCUUGACCCUGAAGGAGAUGCUGGAAGGCAUCAGGGAGAAGGCAGAGGUGCCUUUGUCUGUACAGUCACUCAGGUUUCUGCAGGUGGAGCUGAGUGAGAUGGAGGCGUUUGUGAACCAGCACAAGUCCAAGUCCAUCAGGCGGCAGACAGUCAUCACCACCAUGACCACCUUAAAGAAGAACCUGGCUGACGAGGAUGCUGUGUCCUGCCUGGUGCUGGGCACUGAGAGCAAGGAGCUCCUGGUACUAGACCCGAAGGCCUUCACCAUUCUGGCCAAGAUGAGCCUCCCCAGCGUCCCUGUCUUCCUGGAGGUUUCUGGCCAGUUUGAGGUGGAGUUUCGUCUUGCCGCUGCCUGCCGCAACGGGAGCGUCUAUAUGCUGAGAAGAGACUCCAAGCGCCCCAAGUACUGCAUCGAGCUGAGCGCCCAGCCUGUGGGGCUUGUCCUUGUGCACAAAGUCCUGGUGGUGGGCAGCAACCAAGACAGCCUGCACGGCUUCACCCACAAGGGUAAGAAGCUGUGGACAGUGCAGAUGCCUGCAGCCAUCCUGGCCAUGAACCUCCUGGAGCAGCACUCCCGGGGCCUGCAGGCCGUCAUGGCCGGGCUGGCCAAUAGAGAGGUCCGCAUUUACCAGGACAAGGCCCUGCUCAACAUCAUCCACACGCCGGAGGCAGUGACCAGCCUUUGCUUUGGCCGCUUUGGACGGGAAGAUAACACCCUCAUCAUGACUACACAAGGCGGUGGCCUGAUCAUGAAGAUCCUCAAGCGCACAGCAGUGUUUGCGGAGGGGGGAGGUGAGGCGGACCCCCUACUAAGCCAGCCCGUGAAACUCAACGUGCCCCGGAAGACCCGGAUCUAUGUGGACCAGACGCUGCGAGAGCGGGAAGCCGGCACCGCCAUGCACCGGACCUUCCAGGCGGACCUCUACCUGCUGCGCCUCCGGGCGGCCCGUGCCUACGUGCAGGCCCUUGAGUCCAGCCUGAGCCCCGUGUCUGUGACGGCCCAGGAGCCGCUCAAGCUGCACGCCGUGGUUCAGGGCCUGGGCCCCACCUUCAAGCUCACCCUUCACCUGCAGAACACGUCAACAGCCCGCCCCAUCCUGGGGCUGGUGGUCUGCUUCCUGUACAACGAGGUGCUCUAUGCUCUGCCCCGGGCCUUCUUCAAGGUCCCAUUGCUGGUGCCAGGGCUCAACUACCCCCUGGAGACCUUUGUGAAGAGUCUUAGUGACAAGGGCAUCUCAGACAUCAUCAAGGUGCUGGUGCUUCGAGAAGGCCAGAGCACACCCCUGCUGAGUGCCCACAUCAACAUGCCCAUGAGUGAGGGCCUGGCAGCUGCCUGA